AUGGCAACUUUGGGCCCCUCCUCCAGUGAUUCAUCUGGGUCCCAGGGCUGGACCACCAAGCGCCUAGCACUCUCAGCAAGGCCCAGGUCCCAGGUGCUGCCCAGCACAGAGCAGGUCCUGGGAGUAGGCCGGGGCCUCACCAGCCCCUGGAAGGGAAGUCCUUCCUUGCUGUGGAAACACUCUUCUCCUUUUUAUGUACAUGGCAAACCACGGCCCCCAACUUUGGAUUCAAUUCCUUUUUUCCAUGUCAUUAGAUCCUUUCCAGCAGCAGCCACCAACAGGUUUCCAGAAAAGACCUAG